UAACAAAAUGUUAAGAAUUUCUUAGUGUCACUUUUAGUUGGCAGUACACAAAAUGAAUGUCUAAGAGCGAAAGUGUUUUGUUUUCGUUAAGGAUGUGUUGGUUGCUUUUGGUUUCCGAUGGUUUCAACGUUGGUUGACAUGGGUGAGUGAGGAAAGUGAGCAUCAGUUGGUGUGGUUUGUGGGUGUAUGUUCGGGGUGAUGAAAAGCUUUCAAUGGUGCUGAAAUAUGUCCAACUCAGGGGGCAGCAGGAGACAUGGAGCUAUGAAAAUACGUUUGACAAUUAUAUGUGCCAGGAAUUUAGCUCGCAAAGAUCUGUUUCGUUUGCCCGACCCAUUUGCCAAAAUAAGUGUUGAUGGGUCGGGCCAAUGUCACAGCACUGACACUUGUAAAGCAACCCUUGAUCCUAAAUGGAAUCAACAUUAUGAUUUAUACAUUGGAAAAGGUGAUGGAAUCACUAUUAGUGUUUGGAAUCACAGAAAAAUUCAUAAGAAGCAAGGUGGUGGAUUUUUAGGAUGUGUUCGUAUAAUGUUAGAUUUAUGCAAAUUGAGUUCGGAUGAUCCAGAUCCAGUAAAGGGACAGAUAGUUGUUUCUCUCCUGUCACGAGAUGGUCAUGGAGGCACAGGAAGUCUCAAUGCUGUUGUUGAUCCUCAUGGAGAAGUGAGCUGUCCAGAUGAGUUGCCAGAAGGCUGGGAGGAAAGACAAACUGUGACUGGUCGUCUGUAUUAUGUAAACCACAUUACUCGUACAACACAAUGGGUGAGGCCAACAAGAUCACGAAAUGGUGUCAAUAGUAAUCCACUUUUACCUAGUGUAACUGAUCAAAAUGGAUGUAGCACGCCGAGAAGUGGAAAUAAUGCAAAUUCUGAUAGAAAUCAUAUCAACAAUUCAAGGACUCAAGAUGAACGGAGCAGUCUUCCUAGUGAGCAGGGUCAAAAUGGUAACAGCAGUGGCAGAGAUAACAUAAGUGGCCAAGGUUCCUCUACCCGACGUCGAUCUGGAAGGCAUCGUAACAGCCAACAGUUGACAGGAGCUCAACAAAAUCUGCAACAAGCAGCAAAGUUGCGCACUACCCAACAAGGACAAGUUUACUUCUACCACAUACCUAGCGGUGUGAGCACGUGGCAUGAUCCUCGUAUUCCAAGGGACUUGCUGGUUGGGUCCAAUAACUUCGGGACUGACCUUGGCCCGUUGCCUCCGGGAUGGGAAAUGAGGCAAACUGGAUCUGGGAGGAUUUAUUUUGUGGACCACAAUAACCGAACCACACAGUUCACUGAUCCUAGGUUGUCAAGUAGUGUAAUUUCCAACUUGCUGAAGAAACACAAUCAGAAUGGAUCUACUCCUUCUCAUCCAUCACAAUCUAGUAGAAACUCCCCGACUACAUCUAGUAAUACCCCAGUUAGAGGUGGAACGAAUAACCCGGAAACUGUUCCAAAUAGUCAGCCGUCAUCAUCAGCAUCUGCAAGUUCCAGUGCAGUGCAUGCUGUUAAUGGCGAUUCAAGUGUUACUACUGUCAAUAAUAGUGAACCUGUUAGAAACAAUACUCCUGCUCCUGCUGUGCGAACUGCAGAAUUACCGAAGGAUCUUCUUGAAAGUGAAUCAUUGCCAAAGUAUAAGCGUGACCUUGUUGCUAAACAAAUGGUUUUACGUGCAGAGUUGCAGGCAUUACAGCCACAGAGUGGCCAUUGCAGGCUCGAGGUGUCAAGAAGCGAGAUUUUUGAGGAAUCGUAUCGAUUGGUAAUGAAGAUGAGACCAAAAGAUAUGCGGAAACGUUUAAUGGUGAAAUUUCGAGGGGAAGAGGGACUUGAUUAUGGGGGUGUGGCUAGAGAAUGGCUUUAUUUGUUGUCCCAUGAAAUGCUUAAUCCUCAGUAUGGCCUCUUUCAGUAUUCUCGUGAAGACAAUUACACUUUACAAAUAAACACUGACAGUAGUGUGAACCCUGAGCACUUGUCCUAUUUUCAUUUUGUUGGAAGAAUCAUUGGAAUUGCUGUCUUUCAUGGUCACUAUAUAGAUGGUGGAUUUACUAUGCCUUUUUAUAAAAUGCUGCUUAAUAAACCAAUUACUUUAACUGAUAUUGAAGGUGUGGAUCCUGAAUUGCAUCGUAGUCUUACAUGGAUGUUAGAAAACACAGUUACUGGUAUUAUUGAUACCACCUUUUCAGUGGAGCACAAUAGUUUUGGGGUGUUGCGGGUUCAUGAACUAAAGCCAGGAGGAAGGGAAAUUGUUGUUACUGAAGACAAUAAAAAAGAAUAUGUAAGAUUGUAUGUAAAUUACCGAUUCAUGCGAGGGAUAGAACAACAAUUUCUAGCUCUACAAAAAGGAUUUACUGAGUUAAUACCUAGCCAUCUUCUUCGCCCUUUUGAUGAACGUGAAAUAGAACUAGUUAUAGGAGGUUUGGGUUCAAUAGAUAUUGCAGACUGGAGAAAUAAUACAAGGCUUAAGCAUUGUACAACUGAUACACCUGUGGUAAAAUGGUUCUGGCAAAUUGUGGAAGAAUACAGUGAAGAAAUGAGAGCAAGGUUGCUGCAAUUUGUCACAGGCAGCUCACGAGUGCCUCUUCAAGGUUUCAAAGCAUUGCAGGGGUCAACAGGAGCAGCAGGACCAAGACUUUUUACAAUUCAUGUUAUUGAUGCACCUGUUGAGAACCUUCCAAAAGCGCAUACUUGUUUUAAUAGAAUUGAUAUUCCUCAAUAUGAAUCAUAUCAAAGAAUGUAUGAGAAACUCACUCAGGCUGUGGAGGAAACAUGUGGGUUUGCUGUAGAGUAAUAUUUCUACAUUUCUCCUUAGUUGGAUGUGAAACAAUUUUAUAAUUUUUAGAUAUUGACAACAUUGCCUUUAUCUAAAUAUUGGUUACAGUUUUCUUGGUAAUACAUGAAGUAUAUAACUUUCUUUUUUGUAGAGCACACUCAGCAGCUUUGAAUGCAUGUAGAAAAGUAAUUUUAUUUCAUUUUGUACAAAUACUCUUAGAUCAUUUCAAGUUCAUUUCUGUUAAUUCUGUAAUCUUAUAUAUAUAUUUUGCACAUUGUUAUUUUACUUUGUGAUUGUUAUGCGAUAAUUGCAACAGUCUUCUUCCAUUGAUAGGUGACUGUUGUUAAUAUUUAUUUGAAAAGGCUGCUAUUGACUGGUUAAAAUAAGUAUGUAAUUGGCAUUUGUAAGAUGCAGAGGUAUUUCUGUAGAAACCACCAAUCAUACCCCUUAGAUGUUAAAUUUACUGUUUUGAAUGGUGGUUCUGAAAAUGUCAAACCUGUUAUUUAUUUCAAUCAGAAUGUAGUGCUUGAGAUUUUACUAUAAAGAUACAGAAUAAUAAUUUCUAUUUAUUAUCUGGUGGGAAGAUGGGUAAAUAUCAAGGAAUAAGCAUUGUCUUAAAGAAUCAAAGCCCAUGUUGCCUUACCUAUUUAUUUUUUAUCAUUUUGUAAAGUAUAUCCCAUGAUAAGUUAGCCAAGAAAUGAGAGAAAGAUAUAAGUAUGUUGGGAAUAUGUAAAAGAUUCUUACAUAUUGUUAAACUAUGCAAUAUUUUAAAUUAUCAUAUUAAUAUGAAGGUGUUCAAGAUAUUUCAUUCACCAAGCUCAAAAUGUUAACAAACAUCUAAUGCAUAUUGGGUUUGUCUUAGAAAUGCCCGAGAUUCCAAUUAUUCAUAUCCACCAAGGGAAAUAAUGUAAAUAUAUAUUUUCACCUGAAGUAAUUGUAAAUAUUGCCUUGUAAUUUUGUACUGUAUAAAAUAUAUGUUAUGAGUAUUAUGAGAGUUCACUGCCACUGGUGAUUUGAUUAUUCCUUUUACUCUUCUGGAUAAAUGUGAAAGUUUGAAUGGAUGAUUGAUUCUUGCACACUUCAGAUAUCUGUCAGAAUGGGUGAAUUUCUUAAAAUUUAAUUUCUGUAUUGGGUGUGUUGAAUGGAUGUGUAAUGCAAGCCAAGGACAAUAUUAUAUAUUGAAGAGAUGUAUUAGUUUUGCAACACACAUUUUAUUCUUUUAUAUGAAUUGCCAUCUUUCUUUGACAAAUAUCUAAUUUUGAGUGCAUUACUAGACCCUAAGAACAACUAUUUCAUAUUUCCAUAUUGUGCCUUUCAUGUGAGAUGUUUGUUAUCAGGCAUUUCUAAGAGAUUUUUUCUGUGAUUAAAGCAAUGUGCUGAUGGGCAAGUGAGAAAUAAUAGUUUUUGUUUGUGUUCUGUGAUCUGAUAUUCAUUAGAGGCAACAAUUCUCAGAAGUUCUGAUUCCAUAGCAUAAAAUGUAUUGAAUAUUUUGGGAAGAGGUCACUUUAAAAUUGUUGUUUAAAGGAAAUUAAUUAUAAUUUGAUGUUGCUAUGUGUCCAAAUAGAUUUCUUUAAUACAAUUCACAAUAGCAAUUAAAAUGUAAAUAAUAUGAAUCCUUUAUUGUUUUUAUAAGAUGUAUAUUAUUGUAUGGAGGAGAUUUGUAGAAUGCGCUAGAUUUGAUUCUCACAAAAUAAAAAAUAUAAUUGAUGUUCCAUUUUGUUUUUUUUAUUUCUUUUGUAAAAUUUGCUGUAAGUAUUUAACAUUCCAAUGAUGCAAUAAAUAUUUGUAAAUGGAAAAG